AUGUCGGAUGGCGAGGUGGAUUCGCCAUUCACAAAGAUGGAGAAGAGCUACAGCACGCUGGGUACCGAGAUUGGAGGCGCGGAUCUCCUAUUGGGCUCUACUGAGACGGGUGAUCUUCAGCUUGAGGGGCUCAAAGGUAUUUGUCUUGCGGAGAAGGGCCAAGAGGAGUAUUCUUUCAAGCUGGGGCUUAGGGGUGGGAAGGGUGAGCACAACCCCAGUCUAGAGACGUUGGAGAGUCAGGGUAUGCUGGCUCUGGGGAAUAAUCUGGAAGAUUUCAGGGCUGAGCUGGCUCAUGGAAAUGGGAUAAUGAUUACUGGAGACCUUAUGCCCGGGGGAGAGCUGGAUGGGUAUGUUAUUGGGGUCGUAUACGCUGAGGACACUGCUACUGGGGAUAUCACCGCCAAAGGCAACGUCGCCAGAGAUACCAACGCCAACACGAUCAUCUUUGACAAGGAAGGAUUCCUCUGCUCCAAGUCAUGCGAAGAACUUUUCCAUCCCGAUCAUAAGAUGCUGGGCCUACUAGCGAAUGAUGGGAGCAUCCUGAGAGUCUUGGAGAACUCUGCGCUACACUUCGCCAUCCUGCAAAAAGUCCGUCGGAUUGUCUCAAACUGGCCAGGCUGCGAGCUGAGCCCAUUGGGCAUUGCGCAUCUGAGGGAGAAGUCCGUUCGACACGAAUUUGUGAGUGCCCAUCUGGACUUGGUGAAUCUAUGGAAAGAGCACUCCGAGACAACAGAGCAUGACGAAUGCUCGUUGCAUGAUUGGGAACAACUCAAUAGCCUUGUCUCUAGGGUUGCAGACCUUCUAGGCAAUGCUAGGGAUAGUUCGGGGUUGGAAGCUCUGGGUGCUGUUCAAGAGUCCAUAGUGAUAUACAGUUUGGUGGGAGUUGACUUGCAUCUGGCGGAUUGGUUGAAGAAGCAGAAGCAGAUACCCGCAGAUAGUGCCAAGACUCUGGGUGAGCAACCUGCGGUGGAGGAAGGUGGCAAUGAUGAUAAGAGUAUGGAGUACAUCCCGCCGGCACCAAUCAAAGGCAUGAUCUCGAACACCUGGGGUAUUACGAAUUUGAUGGAGGGGUAUGGAGGAGAAGAAGCUAAACAAGGAGUCGAGUCUUCUAUCACGAAUAACAGUUUCUCUCCAGAAAGGCGCCGGCUUUUCAGAUUUAAUACCUUCUCUCACCUCCCCAGAUAUCACGAAUCGAAGGCCAUUCCAGUCAAAGAAACUGGGGUCGAAGAGAAGAAUAAGCUCAAUAGCCGACUGAACCAUAUUGAGAAGCUCCUUUUAUCCCUCCAUGAAAGACCUGUGGUGGACCUAGAGACUUCGAAUAUGCUGCGGUGUAUUCUUGGAGGUCUACAGAAAAUUGAAAGAAGUCGUCCUGACGAAGACCCUUUCACAUCCAAAGUCACUAGCAGUGCCUGUCACAAUUGGGGUACUACUAUCGAUAGUUGGAAUACCACUGCAGAAGCUCGGCAUAACGAACUGUUGAAGAUCCUCCAAAAUAUUGAAGAUGCAAUGUACAGCGAAGAUCCAUCUCACCAUGCCGAAGACGUUGCUAUAGACAAACGCUCUCGCACGUCGGCGCCCCUUCCGGAAGGGAGCGAAGUCAUGGAAGGAGAACUAAGCUACCGGAAGCACUACGAAGCCUUGAAAAUUGAGUCUUCUUUCCUCGGAGAUAAUAUUGCAGCCCUUGAACAGCUGCUCAAGCUCCGCGAUGAGAAGACGAGAAGAGAGCAGAAGGAGCUGGGUACAGAGCUUGAGAGGUUGGGUGCGGAUAUUAGGAAGUUGGAAAAACAGAUAGGGGAAACCAGGAAGAUUCGAGAAGAUCCCCUUGGAGAGGUGAAGAAGUUAGGAGGAGAUAACAAGAGUCAGGAGACGAAUGAAGAAAAGGUGUGCACGGAGGAUACCGAGGGCCAGAGAACCCAGAAGCUACAAGCCGAUAGAGCUCUGCAGAAUGAAAACAAGAACUUGGGUGGGGAGAGAAAGGUGGACGGGUAUAAGAGGUUGGAGAAGGAGAAAUCUCUCUUGAAGCGCGAGAACAGACAGAAGGAUAACGAAUAUGGCGAGCUUUUACGAUACUCUUUAAACCUGGAGAAAAAGGAAAGGGCCUUGAAAGCGAAAAGGGAUGAAUUUUUACAAUACGCUUUAUUACUGGAGAAAAAGGAAACGUCCUUGAUAGCGAGAAGGGAUGAAUAUAAUAGGAUUAUUCACGGUCUGUUGGAAGAUAAUGUUGAGUUUGAUGAUGGUGUUGAGUUUGAUGAUGGUGUUGAGUUUGAUGAUGGUGUUGGCAAGCUUGGCUCUACACCGGGGUUGAUGGGGGUAUUGUGGCCACAGGGAACUGGACAAGAUAUGCCGGCAAUGGAAAAUCAGGAUAGAGCGUGGUGUCUUGUUAUGUGA